CGCGCCGCGCUCCAUACUUGGCGAUCGCCGCGGCCCCGCGCGCUCAUUGGCCGGGCGCUGGCGGCGUGGGGGGCGGGCCCGGGCCCGGCCGGGGCGGGGAAGGAAGGUGGCGGCGGCCCGGCGCGGGGGGAGGGGGGCGCUGACCCGGAUGUUCACUCCUGGGCACCCGGGGAAGUGGAAGCGCAGGGCCCUGCUGCGGGGGGGAGAGCCACAGACGCCGGGACCGGGACCGCCGCCGCCGCCGCCAUGAGUGACCAGCAGCUGGACUGUGCCUUGGACCUAAUGAGGCGCCUGCCUCCGCAGCAGAUCGAGAAGAACCUCAGCGACCUGAUCGACCUGGUCCCCAGUCUGUGUGAAGACCUCCUGUCUUCUGUGGAUCAGCCCCUGAAGAUCGCCAGGGACAAGGUGGUGGGCAAGGAUUACCUGCUGUGUGACUACAACAGAGACGGAGACUCGUAUAGGUCACCAUGGAGCAACAAGUACGACCCUCCAUUGGAAGAUGGGGCCAUGCCGUCCGCGCGGCUCAGGAAGCUGGAGGUGGAAGCCAACAAUGCCUUUGACCAGUACCGAGACCUGUAUUUUGAAGGUGGUGUCUCAUCUGUCUACCUCUGGGAUCUGGAUCAUGGCUUUGCGGGAGUGAUCCUCAUAAAGAAGGCUGGAGAUGGAUCAAAGAAGAUCAAAGGCUGCUGGGAUUCCAUCCACGUGGUGGAAGUGCAGGAGAAGUCCAGUGGCCGCACCGCCCACUACAAACUGACUUCCACGGUGAUGCUGUGGCUGCAGACCAACAAAUCCGGCUCGGGUACCAUGAACCUCGGAGGCAGCCUUACCAGACAGAUGGAGAAAGAUGAGACUGUGAGUGACUGCUCCCCACACAUAGCCAACAUCGGGCGCCUGGUAGAGGACAUGGAAAAUAAAAUCCGAAGUACGCUGAAUGAGAUCUACUUUGGGAAAACGAAGGACAUCGUCAACGGGCUGAGAUCUAUUGACGCUAUCCCUGACAACCAAAAGUUUAAGCAGCUGCAGAGGGAGCUUUCCCAAGUGCUGACCCAGCGCCAGAUCUACAUCCAGCCUGAUAAUUGAGCCGAUCCAGGUCUGUGCAGACUUUUGCAGACAAAUCUAAACAAGAAGCGCUUAAGAACGACCUGGUGGAGGCUUUGAAGAGAAAGCAGCAGAGCUAAGCCCCUGCUCCGCGCUAGCCGGACACGCCGCGCACUCUUUAGGUUCCUUUCCUAGAAAACUCGUUUUCUGCUCCCUGUCCCCGGCCCCUCCCUCCCCGACAGGCCCCUAACAACGCGCAUCCUCGACCGCACAGCGCCAUCUCCCCAAUAAAGCCCAGUCACCGCCCUGCUCCGGCUCCGAGGCCUGCUUCCCACCGUUCCGCUGUCAGAACUCUGGUGUCUGCAUAGAGCCCGCGAGGGCCCGGUCCGCCCCGCCCGCCCCCCCCUUAGGCAUAAAGACGCUGUCCGUCAGCCCCUCCCCUCCCCCUUUUUGUUACAUUGGUGUAAAAAAUGUAAAACAAAAAAAUUUUAUGAAAUAACUGUGGUGUGUGAGAGACAGAAGGAAACCUGGAGGUGCGACUCCAGUGCGUUUGGGAGUUGCUUGGGCGGGGGGCGGGGGACAGGGGCCAGCCCUGGGCGGAAGGAGAGGGGCUCAGCCGUCCUGUGCAGGCUUGCCCCUGUCCCUCGGAGGCCGCGGGGUGGGGGCGGGGCUGCUCUUCUGGCCAGGUGCUUUUCUGUCAAUUUUUACGGAAUGCAAAAGGAGUUUUUUGUUUUAUUUUGUUUUUUUGUAAAGCUUAACAAAAAAUAUCUACAUCUUAUACUUGAGCCUCCAUACUUAAAAAAAGGAAAAAAAGAACAAAAAAAUUAAAUAAAAAGAAACUGGGACGCAGUUA